AUGCCAAUCACAUCAUCACCCCCGCCCUCCAUCCUCAAAUCGUCGAAAUCAUCCAAAUCAUCCAAGAAGGUUUCGUCAACUGCAGGCAAGAAACGGAAAAUAGUAGUUAUAGAUUUGGAAUCCUCCCCCGAACCAUCGUCCGUGCCUCUAUCCGAUGCCGCCCGGGGUGAUGGCCCGGCCCCCAAGCGUGCCAGGGUGCAGUUCGACGAUAGCGCAGAUGUCAAACAUACAAGUCGAACGGUAGAAGAUGUCGCGCCACUAGAAAAAAGCGCCGCUCUUGUCCGAGAGGAAAUCCGCAGAGCUAUUCAGCGACAUGUCUCCGGCGUGGAUAGCGAAGGGUACGAUCAGAUUAAAGAGAUUUUCACUACGGACCCCAAAGAAACCUCAGAUGAGGAGAGUCCUGAUAUUCCGAGCCCUACUUCGAUGAAGAGACAUAUGAUGGGUUUGCUGUCGAAUGUUGCUGCGUUGAAUAGGGACUGCUCGGGUCUGGUUCAUGCGGUUUUGGGCAGUGAAUGGGUUGGUCGGGAUGAGUCGUACGUCAAGCUGUUUGUUCGGUUCUUGGGAAAUUUAGCUGCGACCCAUACGGGAUACAUGCGGGUGGUGCUGAAGAUGCUGGUUACUUAUUUUGGAGAGAUCCCCAAAGGAACCGGCAGACUACCCGGAUAUGCGAGCGUCUCACAUGAGGAUAUUUAUGAUCGAGUGCAUAUGGCGUUGCGAUAUAUUAUGCAGCUGCUUCCUGCAGGAAGUAGCACGUUGUCGCCUUUAUUGUCGCAGCAGUUUCCUUUUGAUACAGAUUCCGCGAGAGCCAAUGUGUUUUAUACUCGUAAUCUUAUCAAAGUGAUCGACUACGCCCCGGAACUACGAGGUGAUAUAUUGUCGCUGAUUACCGAAAGGUUGAUCAAAAUCGACGUACAGAUUCAAGUCGAUAUGGAAGAUUUUGAAGAUGAAGUGGGUGAAGAUAUUCUCGAAGAGCUCGCCCGCCCUUUUGAAAUCGAGUACAUUGAUGAAGAAGAUUCAGACGAUGAAUCAAUACUCAGCGAUGACGAAGCCGAUGCAGAGGCUAAACGGUUACAAACUGUCAAAGAUAAUAUCAGCAAGGUCGAUUCGAUGAUUGAUCAACUGUUUGAAUAUUACUCGACGCAUUUCCAGCAUGGUACAGACGCUGUAAAGCUCCAAACACUGGAUUUGUUGAUUCAUCAUUUCGUCAGCUAUAUUCUCCCGACAUACCGAUCCCGUCAUACGCAAUUUCUCCUCUUUCAUUUCUCGCAAUCUACCCCUGAUCUUGUGGACAAAUUUGUCACGUCAUGCAUGGAGAUUAUCAACAGCAAGUCUCGCUCACCUAUUAUGCGUCAAUCGGCAGCGGCAUAUUUAGGAAGUUUCGUGGCACGAGGAAAACAUCUAUCCUCUCGCGCCGUCCGGGAUAUAUUCGAAAUGUUGGGCAAGAAUCUAAGCAAUCUGCUAGAAACCUACGAGCGAAACUGCCACGGGCCCAAUCUUCGUGGCUACGGACCGUUCUACGCCUCCAUGCAAGCACUCCUGUACAUAUUCUGCUUUCGCUGGAGAGAUUUGACAACGACCGCCGAAGAAAACGACGGGAUCGAAGACGAAGAUCCCGAUUUAGAGGACGUCACAUUCCCCGAAGCCGUCCGCGAUCCUCUGUAUCGAGCCAUACACUCGCGUUUGAAUCCAUUGAAAAUCUGCUCACCCGCCAUCGUGACUGAAUUCGCACGGAUAGCGCACCACCUGGGCUUCAUGUACAUUUAUACGCUGCUCGAAUCCAACAAGCGCCUGCGCGUAUCCUCCUUCCGCAGUAUCACCACUCUCUCUGACCCGCGAUUUAGUAUCGUCGAACGCGAGACUCGCGCCGGCAACGACGGCGCCGAUGUGCUAGACGCUUAUUUCCCGUUUGAUCCGUACCAACUACCUCGCAGCAGACGGUGGUUGGAAGGUGACUACAUAGAGUGGCGCGGCAUUCCGGGCGUUGAUGAUCAGGCCGAUGAUGAUUCGGAUAGCGCUGCUGAGCAGGAUGUUGAUGUUGAUGAUGACGAUGACGAUGAUCCUACGGCUACUGAUGACGAGGAUGAUCUGUCUUAA